AUGCCCUCCAACAACCCAGAUCAAAUGAUUACCACGGGCUGCAGUCCUCAUGGUUAUCCAGUUCGUCCUGCUCAGUCUCCGACACCUGUGCGAGCAGGGGCUAAAGACUUAAAUCCUGACACAAUAAGCUACUAUGGCAACUACUAUGGAGGACUAGGCUAUGGCUAUGGCUGCAAAUAUGGUUAUACCUCUGGCUUUGGUGCCUUUAGAAUCCUGAUCUGUGGCUACAGAUGUGGCUGUGGUGGGUUAUGA